AUGGCUUGGGAACUUACCCGGCGUCGCAUCGUUCGCGCCGUCAAUAGCAAAUUCAUAUUCGAUCGCAUCCCCCUUCUUCAUGCAGUCAUCUUCUUUAUCGAAAUGGCCAUCGUCGCGCGCUUGGUAUCGCGCUUCAACGCUUAUUACGAUGAGCGGCCAGUUCUCACCAUGAUGGUGACGAACGCUGUCCUCGGAGGCAUUGCCGACACCGUAGCCCAGACCAUCACAUCAGUCCGAGAACGAGCGUUGCGAAAACCCGGUGGUGUCACCAAAGAUGAUACGGUGGCAAUCGAAAUACAUGAGCUGGACCGUAAAAACUCUUGGGACGACCGAGAAUUAAUUCCGGAAUCCAAGGACCUACCUCCUCCCUUCGACUUCGAACGAUUAACGAGAUUCAUGGCGUACGGUUUUGGCAUGGCUCCUCUACAAUACAAGUGGUUUAGUUUCCUUUCGCGAGCGUUUCCGAUCACCAAGACUAGCGCCUUCGGUCCUGCAAUGAAGAGAGUAGCUUUCGACCAACUGAUUUUCGCCCCGUUCGGUAUCGGAUGUUUCUUUACCGUCAUGACGGUGGCUGAAGGGGGUGGUCGUAGGGCCGUUGCUCACAAGCUUAGGGAUAUGUAUAUUCCGACUUUGAAGGCCAACUUCAUGGUGUGGCCUGCUGUGCAAAUCAUUAAUUUCAGGUUAAUGCCUGUUCAGUUCCAGUUGCCAUUUGUGUCUACUAUCGGUAUUGCUUGGACAGCAUAUCUAUCCCUUACAAAUGCCUCCGAAGACGUCGAGCCGAAAACCGCACCUUACUCUCCCAAUAUCCGUCUCCAGUAA